UAUUCUCAUAAUAAUUUCCCACUUUUAUCUCAAAUUCAAUUCUCCACACAUGGACGACGAGCUCGAGCGGCGCCGCCUCCUCCACCAUCCACUUCUCUCCCCCUCCGCCACCGCCACCGCAGCCUCCUCACCUCUCGACGAUGACGACGACAACAACAUCAAUCUCAUCUCCUCAAAUUCCGCCAUAUUUUCCCGCCUUUUUCUGGUGGCGAUCAUCGCCGCCGUCUCCGUUUGGGCGAAUUUCGAAGCCUCCAGAGGCUUCGCGAUAACCGCAGCCAGCGAAUCGUCCGACGCAUUCCUCGCGAGCAGAUUCAGGCUCUUCUACGUCUCCAACGACGGAGCCGCGCGCGCGGCGAUCAAGGCGAGCGACGCGAUCGAGAAGCUCCUCUUCUCCGAUUCCGACGCCGCCAAAAAGCCGAUCAGGAGCAUCGAGAUCAAAUUAGUCGAUCGGAACUUCACCGGUAACGUCGCCGCAGCCGAAUUGGCCGGCGAUCGGGACCGAUUCGCGAUCCGCGUGAGCUCCUCGGUCAUGAGAGGCGCGGAUUUCGAUCGCGAAAUGGCUCGGGCGAUCAGGCGCGGCGUGGCGCGCGUCUGGCUGUGGGACGGCGGAGGCCACGCGCCGAGGAGCGUGGUGAGCGGCAUUGUUGAAUAUUUGGUCGAUCCGGCGAUUGGCGACGCGGCGGAGGCGUUCGAGGCCUCCGCCGCGUGUUUCGACGCCGGAAAUCCUAGAUCGGUGGCGGAUCUGCUUCGGCGCAGGCCUGGAUCGGUCGGGAGGUUGAACCGAGCUAUGAAGGAAGGGUGGAGCGAUGAGAAAUUGGGCGGCGCGUUGGGUUUGCCGGCUGAGAGACUGUGUGCCACUUCCGUUUACGAGCCGUUAAGGUACAAAUCCUCCAGCGUGUAGUACCACAGACUGUCUAUCCACUUGCAUUUUAUGAUUGGAGGGUGAAGAUGAAAUCGGACGGCUGAGAGUUUAAAUUGGGAUCUAAUAUUAUUGUUAAUUAUUUUAUUUAUUAUGGCAAGGGCUUAUGGAAUCUUGUGGAUAAAUGCAAGGAUACGAGUAUCAGGCCAUUCUAUUUAAUUAUUAAUUGUGUUAAUUAUUUUACUUGUAACAUAUUGACUCUAUUAAUUAAGUACAAGUAGUAGUAGUAGUUGAAUUGUAUAGAGGUAUGAAUUACACGUAAUUGAUUGUGUGA